AUGGUGCUCGAACAUUUUGCGAAAAUCGAUGCACACGCCUCUCAAUAUUCACUCAUUGCGAAGUCGUUACUUAGCGCCGCUCUCGACUACUUGGAAAAGAAAGAGCUCAGAGAAAGGAUUCAGCGAACGGAAAGUUCAUCGCAGCUUUUCGGACUGGUCCCGCGAGAGGGCACAGACGGCGACCACAACAUUCAAUCUCCCGCUAAUGAUGUCAACCUGAGUACAAACACGGAUCGCAGCCUCGGGUCGAAGACAGUCAACCCCGUCUCCGGUUUUCUUGGACUGGCGUCGCCGUCCUUUGCGGACGUGGACGCAUCCUUCUUAAGCCUCUCAUCAUCUUUACCAAGAACACCAGAUUUGUCCAUACUUGACGGAAGGAGUGAAAUGGAUCAUAGUUUCGGGGAUCUCAACUUAUUCCAGCUCCUCGAUGGCGAUGGUCAUAUUGAUCUUGGUCCUUACAUCUGA